GAAGAAGGUCUCCGCCGCCAUCAAUCACAAUGCGGGCUCUCUGACCAGGGAGAGUGCUGUGAAAGAAAGCCCUGGAUGCCAGAGACUAGGGACACAGACCUGUGAGGAGCAGCGAGCUGACGGAGGAGGACUCUGUGCCAAGAGCUCUUCUCUGCCAUGAGAAUUUACCCCGAUUGUCAUCUGUGACACCCCCCUGUCCUGCAGGCAGCUCCAUGGGUCCCCUGGGGAUGGCACUGCUGUUUUCUGUGUUGCUGACCCCAACAGGACUCCUGGCCCAGGGGCACCAGGGUCUUUCCACCCAGGAGCCAGUCCCCAGGCUGCAUGUGACAUUUGAUCCGAGGGAAAUGACAUUAGCUUGGGACUGCAGAGAAAAUGCCACCGUCGUCAAAUGUCUGAUGAGCCACAGGGAAGAAGGGCAGAUUAGCAUGAAGCCGAUAGACAAACAAUGUAGCUGCACCUUCGAACUCCGCUCUCUGCACAGAGGAGUCGUUCUCACGGUUGAAGCAAACACCAGCCAGGGACUCUUUGAGCAAGAACUGCUGUACGACAACCCAGAUAUGUACAGUCCACCCACCAACAUCACCACGAACUGCAACCACUCACACUGCCUCCUCGAGUGGCAACGCCCCAGGGCCCAGCAAAACGUGCCUGCCAGUGAGCUGAUGUAUGAGGUAGACAUCCGGCAAAAGGGCAGUAAAGAUGGCAGCAGCAAUAAACUGAUUUCCAUUCCUGGUAAUUCCGGAAACAAGCACAACUUUCCUAUCAACCCCAGAGCAAGUUACACUGUGCAAAUCAGAACCGCAAACUCCCGGAUCCUUCACUGGGGUCCCUGGAGCGAGCCUGUGAAGUUUGGCUUUGAAGAACAAGAAUCCAGCCCCACCUAUGUCUAUGUGUUGGUGGUCCUGGGAACCCUCCUUGGUGCCCUGGUCAUUGGGUUUCUUUUUAAAAGGUUCCUUCUGACGCAUAAUUUAUUCCCUCCGAUUCCGAAGAUCAAAGAUAAACUGAACGACAACCAGCAGACAAACCUGCAGGUCAGCUGGGACCAGCUCACAUCCGACGCAGGAAAAGCUGAGAACGAAGACGUCCUGACGGUGGUGGAAGAAGUCGUGUGAGCCGCGCCAGCCCCAACAAGAUGUGAAUACAUCCAUGCCUCCACCGUGAGACUCCCAGAAAUCGUAUUUAUAUAAUGUUUUGAGCAUUUAUGUAGUUUUUCUACCUUUUUACUUAUAAAAAUAUGACAUUUUACACAGAUGCUCGGAACCCUAGAGAUUGUUCAAUCCCCCUCGAACCCGUCAACGUAAAGCUCAGGCUAGAUCCUCCGCAAAGAGCUUGUUCUUUCCGGUGUUUUGCUAGUUGCCUUCAAGGAGGCUCUGAUUCUUGGCGGCCCCACGCACAACAAAACAAAUCGCGGCCUGGUUCCGCACCAUCCCCCUGAUCCGUUGGUCUCCUCGAGUCCAUCGUUGCAGCUACUGCGUGUUUUGAGCGCCUUCCAGCCUCGGGCGCUCACCUUCCAGCACUACGUCAGCCACUGCUCUGUUAGGAUCCGUGGGGUUUUCACUGGCUGAUUUUCAUAAGUAGAUGGCCAGGCCUUUCUUCCUAGUCUGUCUUAGUCUGGAAGCUCCGCUGAAACCUGUCCACCAAGGGGAACCUGCUGGUAUUUGGAAUACCAGUGGCCUAGCUUCCAGCAUCCCAACAACAUGCCAGCUACCACAGUACACACUGACAGACGGGUGUGAGUUUUAGCUAUAAGAUCCCAUUUCUAUGAAAUUCAAAAACAGACAGAAUUACCCAAAGGUAAUAGAAGUCAAGUCAGUGGUGGCUUAUGGGGUCAGGGGACAAACUGGAUGAGGGACAAGGGAGCCCUCCCAGGCACAGAGGUUACUGACCUUGACAAGGCACACAAAGCGUGCUUCGAGGGGUAUGCGUGACAAGUGUGCAUUUUUCUGUACGUAAAUUAAAAAAAAAAAAAAGAUUGUCAUUGACUCAGUUUGGACUCCUGGUGACUCCCUGUGUUACAGGGUAGAGCUGAGCCCCAUAGGGUUUUCUUGGUUGUAAUCUUUACAGGAGCAAUUGCCAGGCCAUUCUUCUGAGGUACCACAAGGUGGGUUCGAAUCACCUGUUGAGCACAAGCCAUGCGCACUACCCAGUGACCAAAAGCAUGUAAGUUAACCAAAAAACCAAACCCAGUCCAUUGCUGUUAAGUCGAUUCCAACUCAUAGUGACCUUGUAGGACAGAGAACUGCUCCACAGGGUUUCCAAGGAGCAGCUGUAGAUUCGAACUGCCAACUUGUUGAUUAGCAGUGGAUCUCUUAAUCACUGCGUCAUCAGGGCUCCAGCAUGUAAGCUACACCUCAAUAAAAAAGUGGGGCAUUUAGUGGGGUGUCCCCAUCACUGAGUACUGUCCUCCAUCCUCCCAUGUCCCAUUAGUGACCAGCCCCACGCGCAGUCCACCCGACUUCAGGCUCUCUUGGUGCUACUAACCUAAUGCUUAGCAACUAGAACCCUCCCACCUCCAAGCUCUCUGUGGCGGCCCCAGGCCCUUUGCACAGCCCAUGCAUCCUUGCUCUGGAGGGUUCAUGGCUACAAACUCGCCUUCCCAGCACCUGAAGUCCCCUUGGGCUCUGCUCUGUGCAACCGCAGAGGGUCCAGCUGGAUGGGGCUGCGACGUCCGCUCAGCACUCGGGGGCAGAUGGACACCCAGUCAUUUG